AGCGCAGAGAGAAAAUUGUGGGAAGGAACAGAUCUGGCCAAGGCUUGCGUCAAGUCACCUAUAAAAGGAAGGUUUGUUUCCUUCUCGGCACAUCUACUCAGCAUCAAGCAUCAAGACUGCAAAGAUGGCAUUUGUUCUUUACUCCUUGAUCCUCCUUUGUGGAAUCAGUGGACUUGUGUCUGCAUGCUGCGAUAGCAAUAAAGGGAGUUAUUGUCCAAAGGGAUGGACUCAACUGGACGACCACUGUUACAUUUUCGUCAAUCAGGAGAGAACUUUUAUAGAUGCCGAGCAAAUCUGCAUACUCAAAGGUGGGAAUCUGAUGUCUAUCCUCGACCGCAAAGAACAUGUAUUGGCAUUGGAGCUGAUUCAUGAAGCACUUGGAGUAACGACUUUCCGUGAUGACACCUGGAUUGGAGGCCAUGACGGCGUUGCGGAGGGCACAUUCAUUUGGACUGACGGCUCACCUUAUGACUUCACCAUGUUUGAAAACGGGCAGCCUGACAACUUUGGUUCGGCUGGUGAGGACUGUUUGGAGAUUGAUGGCGCCACAAAGGAAUGGAACGAUGACAAUUGCAAUGAUGAGAAUUUCUUCAUUUGCAUCAAGAAGGCCCACGAGCACUAAUCGACUGCAGCAACAUAACAUCUGAAAAUGUCUUUGCCAAAAUCUUAACAAUCUUCAGAGAUGAUAACAGACUUCCAGUGGCAUCUUUUUAACUGUCUUUUUAUUCUUUAUGGUUCAAUUUCUAUUGAUGGCAAUCUUAUUUUGAUGGUCAAAGGGUAUCUCUGCA